UUUGAUUCCUCCAGAGACAGAAACAAGCCUUUCAGGUUCAAGAUUGGCAGGCAAGAAGUCAUUAAAGGAUUUGAAGAAGGUGUUACACAGAUGAGCUUAGGACAAAGAGCAAAGUUGACCUGCACACCUGAGAUGGCCUAUGGAGCCACAGGCCACCCUGGGGUCAUCCCUCCCAAUGCUACUCUCCUCUUUGACGUGGAGCUUCUCAGGUUAGAGUGAAUCUUCUCGAGGGAGUUGGCGGGAGACAUCUGUUAAUAACCAUCCGUACCUUCUCGCCUUGCCAGCAGCGGGAGAAAUCUUCACUGGAAUCCCAAUCCUCCCUGCUCAAGCUGUCCUGAUUAGUUUCGUAUGCCUUUUUUAACUUUGUGGUGUCCGUAUUUGCCUUUUAUUAGAAGCUUUGCUUUGGGGAAAAUGUCUACCGUUGUAACAUUUUCAAGCUGUAUAUUUUAUUUAAUUUGCAUGUAAGAAGACUUCACAGUGAUGAUUGAAAUAUAUAUAAAUAUAAAUAUAUAUAUUCCUUAUCGAAAAACCACUGCCUUACUGUACACUUAAACCAAGAAAAAAAACCACAAAAGGUGCUCAAAAAAAAAAAAAUCUAAUGUACGCCUUGUACAUGAACGGGCAUUAGCCAAACAGAGUUACCUGCGCUGCCACUUUUCUCAACUUGUAUGUUCUGCUUGCUGCUGUUUUAAAAAAAUACUGUCUCAUUUAAGAAUUAAAAGUAUAUAUAUAAAACAAUAAAAUCUUGGUACUUUA